CGCGCAGGCGCGGGCUCACCUGGCUGGGUGUGUCCGCGAAGGAGCGAAGACCUGCCUUUGCAUUCUUGCUCUCCGCUGCACGACGACCAUGACGACGACGACGAUCAUCGUUGGACUCCUGCUCGGCUUGUCGGGAUGGCGGUGCGCGGAGGCGCGCGACAUUCUGCCGCCGGGCCCCGUGGACGCCUCGGUGGGGAAGAACGUGACCCUGCGGACGCUGCUGGUGGAUCCCGAGUACACGUUCAUCAUCUGGAACUUCAACGACGGCCGCGAGCAGAGUCACGUGGCCACCGUGGGCCCCGCCGGACUCAAGGUGAACUCGCCCUACCUGGGGCGCGUGUCCGUGGACGCCCGGAGCGGCGCGCUGCAGCUGAGCGCGCUCACGACGGCCGACAACGGAGACUUCAGCGUCAGCGUCGUGAGCGCGGAAGGCGACACCGAAACCGCCGAGAUCCGGCUGCGCGUGCUCGAGCCCGUUUCCGGCGUGACGCUGAGCGCCAACCUCGCCGAGGCGGUGGAGCACAACAGCACGGUGGUCCUGACCUGCGCCGCCAAGGGGUCCUUCCUCAACUUCACGUGGCUCAAUGGCACCACCUCCGUCGUCCCCGGCCCGCGCCUGGCCAUCGUGGAGGGCGAGGGGACCAGUCAGCUGACCAUCACGGGCGUCCUACGCACCGACCUGAUGCGACCCAUCUCCUGCAGCGCCGCCAACAAACUGGAGACGGAGAAGAGCGCCCCCUUGAGCCUGCCCGUCCACUACGGUCCGGAUGAGGUCACCAUCACGGCGUCCGACCCGUCCGCGUUCGUGCGGGCCGGCUCCGACUUCAACCUGACGUGCGCCACGCGCUCUAGCCCGCCCGCCGCCGUCACCUGGUAUCAGAACCAGACUCUGAUGGACGCCACCGGGUCGGUGCUGCCGCUGCGGGCCGUGCAGCAGCGCCCCCUGUGGCAGCAGAUGAGUCAGUACACGUGCAGAGCCGCCAACUCCAAGACCCAGCGGGUGGUGGCCUCGCGCGCCGUCUCCUUUGCCGUCAUGGAGCCGGUGUCGGGCGUGCAAAUGAGCGGUCCGGCCGAGGGCGCCGUGCUCUUGGCCGGCAACAGCUCGGCAAACCUCAGCUGCCGGGCGGCGGCGGGCCCGGUCAGUAGCCGGACGUGGCUGAAGGACGGCCGGCCGCUGGCGGCGCCGACGGCCGGCGGCGCCCGCGUGACGGCGGCGCCCGACGGCUCCUGGCUCAGCUUGGCGCCGCUGCACAAGGACGACAACGGCCGCUUCGAGUGUCGCCUGGCCAACCCCGUCAGCGCGGAGAAGGCGGCCUACCAGAUGGUCGUCAACUUCGGUCCCGAGGCGGUGAGCGUGAGCGGGGAGACCGCCGUGGAGGUGCGCGACGCCGUCACCCUCAGCUGCUCGGCCGCCUCCGUGCCGCCCGCCAACUUCACCUGGAAGUUCAACGGGACGCUGACCGACGUCAAGACGUCCACCUACGCCAUCGCCCAGGCCGUCUACAAGAACACGGGCGCCUACAUGUGCCAGGCGCACAACGCCGUCACUGGGAAGAGCGCCGCCUACACGCACAACCUGUCGGUCAAAGAGGAAGGCGCGCUUGACGAAGGCCUAUCGGACGGCGCCAUCGCGGGAAUCAUCAUCGGCAUCCUGGCCGCUUUGGGCCUGGCCAUCGGGAUGGUCGUGUACUGCAGGCAGAAAGUUCCGGUGGAGUCACCGUACUAGUGAACUUGGUACGCACUGCCGGAGAUUCCAGUCCAAACAUCGGACCUGGUGGCUUUCCCAUGCGUGCGGGACGCAAGGACAAGGAGUGAGCACUUGUCGGCACCAGGACGCUUUGUGGCGGGAAUCUCCUUCCAGCCUCCUUUUGGUCACUUAUCUGUUUGUCGGAUUCAACACGUUUUCCUGCGCGCCCACCCACCACCACCACCUGAGCACCUCGCUUCCGCCCCUCCCCCGCUGACAGAAUCAGUUUGCUCAGCCCCGCCCCGCCAGCCACCACCACCGACACCUCUGUGCUCGGAUGGCGGCCCUCCCCCGGGAAUGCGAGGACAAGUCGUGACCGGCUAACGGAAAAACCCAACUGUGACUUUUGGCCGGAAACGAGCUUUGAUGUUUUUCUAACUUUUGAACGUUUUCAAACAACUUCAGGCCGUGUGUGUGUGUGUGUGUGUGUGUGUGUGUGUGUGUGUGUGUGUGUGCGCGUGCGUGCGUGCGUGUGCGUGCACUGAAGUAUUUAUUGAGUGAAAAGUGGAGCUGAAGGUCAUCGCGGGUCACACGCAUGCUCCCGAACCCAUUUGGCGUGAUUUGUCCACAUUUUGCAUAAGCUGUCAAUCACCACUGGUGCGCUUGCACAGCAUGUCGUGUGGCGAGCUCCCACCACCACCUUUUGAUUUUCUGUGUGUGUGUGUGUGUGUGUGUGUGGUUUUUAAAUAG